AUGGAGAACCAACGUGCUUUCUCAUCCUACCGAAAGCGUUUCGGUACCCCUGGUGGCUCCCCAUCGGUGGGAGUCACCAGCCGUCUUAGCACGGGCCGAUUGUCUCUCCACAGCAGCCCGCGCCACCUCACUUCCAGCCCCAUCACCUUUUCCACAUCUCGCUUGUCCCAGGGUGGGGAGCGUCUGGACUUCUCAGCUGACUCCUUGCUGAAAGCCCAGUACAGGGAGAAUCGCAAGAAUGAGAAGGUGGAGAUGAUGGGGCUGAAUGACCGCUUCGCCAGCUACAUUGAGAAAGUGCGCUUCCUGGAGCAGCAGAAUAAGAUGCUGGUGGCAGAACUGAACCAGCUGAGGGGGAAGGAGCCCAGUCGCUUGGGUGACAUCUACCAGGAGGAGCUGAGGGAGCUGCGCAGGCAGGUGGAUGGCCUCAAUGCUGGUAAAACCAGACUGGAGAUGGAAAGAGACAACCUGGCCUCAGACUUGGCCACACUUAAACAGAGAUUUCAAGAUGAGACUGCCCUACGACAAGAGGCAGAAAAUAACCUCAACACCUUCAGACAAGAUAUGGAUGAAGCAGCUCUAAACCGCAUGCAGCUGGAGAGGAAGAUUGAUGUUCUACAGGAUGAGAUCAAUUUCCUGAAGAAGGUCCAUGAGGAGGAGAUGAGGGAGCUAAUGGAGCAGCUGAUGGCCCAACAGGUUCAUGUGGAUCUGGAUGUGUCUAAGCCAGACUUAACUGCUGCAUUGAGGGACAUUAGAGCUCAGUUUGAGGUCAUGGCCACCUCAAAUAUGCAGGAGACUGAGGAGUGGUAUCGCUCAAAGUUUGCUGAUCUGACUGACGCGGGCAGUCGAAAUGCAGAGGCUCUGAGGCAAGCAAAGCAGGAGGCCAAUGAUUAUCGCCGGCAGAUUCAGAGCCUGACCUGUGACUUGGAAUCUCUUCAUGGGACUAACGAGUCUAUGGAGCGUCAGCUGCGAGAUAUGGAGGAACGUUUUGCCCUAGAGACGGCUGGUUACCAGGAUACUAUAGCUCAUCUGGAGGACGAGAUCCAUAUGCUGAAGGAGGAGAUGGCCAGACACUUGCAGGAGUACCAGGACCUGCUCAAUGUCAAACUGGCCCUGGACAUAGAAAUCACCACCUACAGGAAGCUGCUUGAAGGAGAGGAAAGCAGAAUCACAGUUCCAGUGCAGAACUUCAAUAACUUACAGUUUAGAGAGACCAGCAUGGAUACUAAGCUGACUCCAGAGGCACAUGUGAAGAGGGGCAUAGUCGUGCGCACUGUUGAGACUCGAGAUGGGGAGAUAAUUAAAGAGUCCACUACGGAGAGGAAGGAUUUGCCCUGAUCAGUCUCAAGCACUGGAUUGGCAGCAAUUGAAGAGCACAGAUUCAUGGCCCAAACUUACUCCUGUCUCACUAAUACUUCUGGAUGUUGUGAUCAAAGCUCACCACCACUAUCAAAUGUCCUCACUUAUCCUCCCCUGAUGUUCUGUCAACUGCUUAAAAACAACCAUUCAAUUAUGCAUACUCAGAAAUUAGGGCAACUACGCUGUCCUAUAUAGUCAAGUCAGUUGUUUUUGCAUAGUGCUUUUUUUAAUUGUAUCACAAAAAGUUUAAAAGCAGCUUUACAGAAAAUUAUGCUGUAUAAGAAAAUAAUGCUAUAACGUCUCUAAUGUCUUAAAGUCCUCAUUGUGCGGUUUAAAUGAAUAACGUGAUUGAAAAUCUUGCGUCUUCAGUUUAUAGGCAAAACACAGUAACAACGGCAACACUGGAAUGAGCAAAAAUGUCUGAUCACAGUCUAAGAGAUCUCAUUUCAUUCAUAUUUAGCUAUGACUAAAUAGCUCAGCAUUACAGGAUGAACUGAAAAAAAAAACAGAGGGCAUUUUACUACUUAAAACGCUUAGUUUUCUCCAUUCCAGUGUUAAUCUUUUUCUCUCUCUUGGUGCUGUGGAAAAGAGUCUAAGCAUAAGAGUAGACUAGUUUAUCUCUGACUGUGCCAUGAAAAGUCAUGGUUAGAUGGAUGGAAGUAGUUCUGGUCUGAACAAGUAGUAGUGGAGAGUGGGCAGUCUAGUUUGAUAUAGCUUUAUUGCUUUUGUCAAGGACAAAUGUGAUGUAGUCUUUAAGAAUUUUGUAUUAGAUGAAGAAGAGCAGGUUUUGGAAAUGGUAGUUUUUAAUGGUCAGUGUUAAAGGCAGAAUUAAACUUUUAACGUAGGAUUUCAAGGGGAUGAUUUUGUCAGCGGUGCUAUUUGAAACUUUUAUCCCACUUUUCUGAAUACCCUCUCACUGUGUAAGUUCUGACACAGUGGGUCUCUUUGGACCUAGGUUAAAAAUGCUUUAAAAAUCCAGUGAAGCUUGUUGACUUGUAGAAAGCUGAUUUACCAUAUGGUAAAUUCUAAUUAUCAAUGAACGUUAACUGACAGUAGACUCUUUCCAGUCUCUUAUACUUGACCCAUGCAUACAUACAGUAUGCAUCUACUCACAUAGCGUUACCCAUCAUAUGAACAAAUGAUUGUUGAUUUUUGCUUUUUAACUGUCUCUAAUUAAAUAUAUUACCAAUUAAAAUGGAUCUU